AUGGCCCGCGGAAUCAAGAAGCACCAAAAGCGCCUUAGCGCCCCCUCCCACUGGCUCCUGGACAAGCUGUCCGGUGUCUACGCCCCCAAGCCCUCGGCCGGUCCUCACAAGUACCGCGACUGCAUGCCCUUGAUCGUCUUCAUCCGCAACCGCCUCAAGUACGCCUUGAACUACCGCGAGACCAAGUCCAUCCUCAUGCAGCGUCUCAUCAAGGUCGAUGGCAAGGUCCGCACCGACCUUACCUUCCCCUCUGGCUUCAUGGACGUCAUCAACAUCGAGAAGACUGGCGAGAACUUCCGUCUCAUCUACGACACCAAGGGCCGCUUCACCGUCCACCGCAUCCAGGCCGAGGAGGCUGAGUACAAGCUCGGCAAGGUCAAGCGCGUCCAGCUUGGCCGUGCCGGAAUCCCAUUCUUGGUCACGCACGAUGCCAGAACCAUCCGCUACCCUGACCCUUCCAUCAAGGUCAACGACACCGUCAAGAUCGACCUUGCCACUGGCAAGAUCACUGACUUCAUCAAGUUCGACACUGGUGCCGUCGCCAUGGUCACUGGUGGUCGCAACAUGGGUCGUGUUGGUGUCAUCACCCACCGUGAGCGCCACGAUGGUGGUUUCAACAUCGUCCACAUCAAGGAUGCUAUUGACAACACCUUCGCUACCCGUGAGAGCAACGUUUUCGUCAUUGGUGACGAGAAGCCCUGGAUCUCUCUGCCCAAGGGCAAGGGUGUCAAGCUCACCAUUGCUGAGGAGCGUGACCGCCGCCGUGCUGCCACCAUCGCCCACUAA